CAGAACUACAAAACGGAUUUCAAGCUCACCCUCAAGAGCGGAGAACCAGACGCUAUGGAGAUUGGCAAGGUUCUCAACUUCGAACUAGAAGUGAGCGUGCCUCCGACCGAACGACUCGAUCUCCAACUCGAUAUAUUCACCAAGGACGUGGUCGCGGACUCCUACAACCCAGUCCUGAACAUUUACAAUAUCGAAACGAAAGUACCCCCGGAGAUGACCCUCAGUUCCGGGGAACCCCAAGUUAGCAAAAUGCUGAGCAACCAGCAGGGCAGCAACGUGUACGAUCGAAUCCUGAUUAACUUCGGAGACAUCAUCAAUCCCGAUACCUUCCGGAAAAUCGUGAUCACGUUCUCCGUGACCGCUGUUCGCGUCAAGUCUACGUACAAGAUCCAUUACGUGACCGUAGGAGCCGAAUACGACUUUGAACGCUUCAUCUGGAUCUCUCAGACAGAGGUCUCGAUGCAAAACGUGAAACCGAACGAAGACGAAAAAAUAGUCGAGGCAGAUUUCGACGGGCCGAAAGAAAUCGCUAUGGACAGCGCUGGUAUUUACACACUCGACGCCUUCAUGAAAAUCAGGUCGGAUAAGGUUUCAAUCAAAGUCCGCGGACCCACUGCGCUGGAGGACGUCCUUAGCGUCGGCAAUCUUGGAGUCGCAGGGUUCGGAACAAACUACAUGGCCGUACCUCAGAACGUAGAUCAUUACAAAACCGAGCGGGUUCAAUCGGCCACGAAAGAAAGCUUCAAGUCAGCGUCGAUCGACCUUGGAAUUCUGACCAACAUCGGAUCAAUGUAUCAGAAGCCCCGAACGGCAAACAACGAAAACAAGGUAUCAUUCACUAUCGGACUGUUCGCUCUGACACGACCCGACACAAUCGGGAAUGAGGAGCAGUUCUCCAUAGCCAUCGAAGUUGCGGGCAAGGUCCUGUGGCAGGACACUUUCCGGGUCAACAUCACCGAACGAAACGACAACGAAACUCUGACCAACAUAGAAGAUUCCAGAGUAGUCGUCGCCCCCCAGAGGGCUCUCUUAGGCAACCUCCUCCAGUAUGAAGUGCAUCUAAAUCUGACGAGCUCGGCAUUCACGGAAAUAUUCAUAGUUCAAUCACUCGAACCGGGCAACCCUGUAACUCUAUGCUCUGCUCGUUUUGAUCAAGUCAAGAGCGGAUUCAACGUGAUUUGGGCGAACAGCUCAAGCUCAAAGGCUACGAACGAUGGCGAGCAAGUGACAAUCGACAUGGGCCGGAUUUUCGUUUCCGAUCAGCGAAAUGGCAUCCAGGCCGCCGAAAGUACAGCGGUCCUCCACGUUUUCUUCUUUGUGGAUCCCGAGUCCUCCGAAGGGCCCAAAGGGGAAGCCAAUCCGGUACCGGUGAAGCUGAAGAUCGGCAAGCGUGAGGAUCCAGUGAUCGUUCCAACUGAUCCGCUCAUCAUCGAGCCGAAGAGAUACACCAAUCCGCCAGAGGUGCGAACGGAGGACGCCGUCACCUGGAGAGAGAUCUAUGUGGGGGGCGCUGUAGCAUUUGACAUCAUUGUGUCCCUCCCCCUGAAUGCGUUCUACACGAAUCUGUCGCUGAGCGUCACCGAUCUCAGCAACAUCAAUCUGCCCGGAGCGCAUAUUUGCCGAGCGCGGGUAUCUCAUAUCGGUCGAGGGCUACCCUGCGCGCAGGCUCAGCGGGAAUCCCUCAACGAAAACGCGAUCACCAAAAUCAAAGUUCAACCCGAACGUCAAGACGAAGAUUCCGUGUUCGUGCAAUUCGACCGACUCUGUCACGUUGGCACAUCCCCCGGCAAUCAAACGGAAUCUCAAGUAAUCAUAAAUGUGGUAGCCAACCUUCAAGGAGAGCAAAGUUUCACAAACGGUCAACCUUUCCCUUUGCACACGGUUCUAUCUCUAAACAACAAAGCCUUCUUCCAAGAUGAUCGGAAAUUCAUCAUGGCCAGACCGCCAUCAAAAGAUUUCCUGAAGAAUCAACAAGCCUUUGUCUACUUCGACAACAUCAGCCCAUCAUUCGUUCCGGGAGGCGUUGGUGAAAUCGAAAUCGUGCUCAAAACGCCUCCCAAGAGCAUGGCACUCUACCUCGUAGAGCUGUCGAGCAAUGAUCCAGACGUAAGUGUCUGUAUCCUGAAGAUCAAAUCGAUUGGGGACUCAAUGCCCUGCGUGGAAGACUCUACGCCGGCUGAGUACUUGCUCCACUCCGAUUCUGACAAUGGUAACAAGAAGGCUUCUUUGGCCCUCAACGCUCUUGCCAACGUCGGCACGUACCCAAUGAAGCAGGGUCGAUUUUUGGAUCCGAACUCGUUGGUUUUCACCGCUAUCGUGAAAAUCGGUAGCCGUGCCACACGGAACAAGGCGCUGAAACUCAAAGUUUCCUACGGCUCGAAAGGCCAAAUAGACGACACCAUCAUCCUCCCCGUCUCCACUUCUCACAACACCACUGGACUCGUCACCUCGAAUGGAGGGUCUAUACCACCUCGCACGCUCCAAUUGGCGCCUUCCGAGGCCGCCUUGACGACGAUCGCCCCGGGUGCGAUAACCAUGGUCACGCUAACGACCGAAUUGGUAGAGUUCACCUCGUCAAGGCUGCGUUUCGACCUGACUCUGGACGACGGUCUCGUCCGGUCCACUGAUUUGGAAGUCUGCCAUGAGGGCAUCAGUCACCUCGGCAAAAACUACCCCUGUUCCUCACCCGACCAAUGGAGCAAACACGGAGAAGGUGAAAAUCUCCUCGGACAAUACAACCUCGGUCUAGUCUGCAAUUCGUUUAUUGAACGAUCCAAACAGGAAGAAAAUUACCUGCGAUUCACGGUUCCAAUACUACUGAAGCCCGGCGCAAAAUACACUGAUGGCACCCCACUGGCCAUCAGCUCUCAGCUCGUGACCAGUGCUGGGAAAGAUCAGAAGAAUUUGAAGCUGACAGUCAGCGAGAAGGCUGAGCAAACCAUCGGAACGUUCUUCGAGCCAUCGGUCAAGCAGACGAAGAGCGAUGAGGAGAGCAUAGGAAUUCGUCAGAGGCGAUGGAUAUCCUUCAACAUCACCGUUCCGAAAGGCGCAAUGACGGAAGUGUCCGUCAAAGUGCAGGGCGCUAGAUCCGAUAAGGUUGCGAUCAUUGUGCUCCACGAUCUGCGCAUAUCGGCCGUCGGACGCAACAUUCCAUGUUAUCGAGACAAAAAACUCCAAGUCACCCUGGGCUCAUCGUUUGGAAACGUUCAACAUGACAAGGCCUCAGCCCCCCUAGGAUAUUUUGCGAACCCCGGUUACAGUCAUGUGCGAGGACGCUUCCAACAAGGAGACGAUGAUAUUGUCCUCGAGGCUUUGGUGGAAAUGACGGAUCACGAAACAACUGACGAUGGGAGUAAACAUCCAAUCACCAUCAAGGUCGGUAUGGCCGGAUGGGAGGGUGAAGCUCGGCAAGAGCUCACCGUUGUUCGUACCGGUAAAGAAGCGACUGCGAUCGACGUGAAGCUCACCGUCAACAAUCAAGCUCCAUUCGAGAGAGGGAAUGAAAUUCCCGUCAUGGCCGAGCUCAAG